CGUGAAUUUUAAACAAAUGGGGCCAAGAAAAAGUUGUCGUUCAUGAUAUAUGACGACAAAAGCAAACAACACUUGUAUAAGCGAAGGGAAGUGACCCCCACCCAAUUAGAAAUUAGAGAGAGAGUCCCUAUGUAUAGUAUGUUUUUUCACAAAUCUCAGCCGUCGAUACUUUUAGCCUCUCCCCGACCAAAACGUACGCACCAAAAGUUAAAAACAACUUUUAGCCUCUCGGGCAAUGCCAUUGAUUGAAACUGACCACCCUCUCAUCAUGUGAUGGAAAUCGCCCACUCAACUACUAUAUUAAGGCCACGUGUCACUACAAGUUCCGAGCCUCCUCCUCCACUCUUCUUCUUUACUAACAUAACGGACCAUUCAUUCUUUCUCCUCAGUCCUCUCAGUCUCAGCACUCUUCACUGCUUUUCUCAUCUCCUCCUCCAUUAGCUUCGGCGCCGUGAAAUCUGCAAAAAAAAAAAAGGGUCUCUUCUAACCUAACGAUGGCAACUGUGACUGCUUCUUCUCACUUUGUGUCAAGGACUUUACUUUACAACAACCAUGGAGUUUCUCCGGGCUCUGAUCUGUCUCAGAUAACCUUGAAAGGUCAAUCCAUGACUCACUGUGGGUUAAGGUCUUCCAACAUGGUUCACAGGAGAUCAUCUCAAGUUUCCGCUGCUAACAAGAAGGCUCCUAAAGUUAAACCUGCCGGUAAGAUUGUGUGUGAGAAAGGGAUGUCUGUGGUUUUUAUUGGAGCUGAGGUUGGUCCAUGGAGCAAGACUGGUGGCCUCGGUGAUGUCCUCGGUGGUCUGCCUCCAGCUCUGGCUAUCCAAAUUGGGGAUAAAGUUGAGGAUGUCCGUUUCUUUCAUUGCUACAAACGUGGAGUUGAUCGUGUCUUUGUUGAUCAUCCAAUCUUUCUUGCUAAGGUUUUGGGCAAAACAGGAUCCAAAAUCUAUGGUCCUAUAACUGGAAUAGACUACAAUGACAACCAACUACGGUUCAGUCUCUUGUGUCAGGCUGCUCUUGAGGCACCACAGGUUCUGAACCUGAACAGCAGCAAGUAUUUCUCUGGGCCAUAUGGUGAAGAUGUGGUCUUUGUUGCCAAUGACUGGCACACAGCUCUUCUUCCAUGUUACCUCAAAUCUAAGUAUCAAUCUCGUGGAGUCUACAUGAAUGCAAAGGUUGUCUUCUGCAUUCACAACAUAGCCUACCAGGGAAGAUUUGCCUUUGAUGACUACUCUCUUCUCAAUUUGCCCACCAGUUUUAAAAGUUCGUUCGACUUCAUUGACGGGUAUGAAAAGCCGGUAAAAGGACGGAAAAUUAACUGGAUGAAGGCUGCAAUUCUGGAAGCGGACCGUGUCUUGACAGUUAGUCCAUACUACGCUCAAGAACUCAUCUCUGGAAUCGAUAGAGGCGUGGAACUCCAUACAUACCUUCGAAUGAAAACAGUUUCCGGGAUUAUCAACGGAAUGGAUGUUCAAGAAUGGAACCCUUCCACUGACAAGUACAUAGAUAUCAAAUAUGAUAUUACCACUGCCGUUGGCUCAUAUGAUCACUGCUGGAGCUGACUUCAUCAUUGUCCCCAGCAGGUUUGAGCCGUGUGGUCUCAUUCAGCUGCACGCUAUGAGAUAUGGAACCGUCCCUAUUGUCGCAUCUACUGGUGGGCUUGUGGACACUGUUAAAGAUGGCUACACAGGUUUCCACAUUGGAAGAUUCAACGUCAAGUGUGAAGUUGUGGAUCCGGAAGAUGUGAUUGCAACAGCAAAGGCUGUGACGAGAGCCGUUGCAGUGUAUGGAACAUCCGCAAUGAAAGAGAUGGUUAAGAACUGCAUGGACCAAGACUUCUCCUGGAAGGAACCUGCGAGGUUGUGGGAGAAGGUACUAUUGUCCCUAAAUGUGGCCGGGAGUGAAGCCGGAAUCGAGGGUGAAGAGAUAGCUCCUCUGGCGAAGGAGAACGUAGCGACGCCUUGAGAAUAUGUGCUUUUUGUUUGUGUCGUAAGUGGUUGAAGAAUGCGCUGGGAAGUUAGGAGUAGGGAAGGUCGAGGAGAAGUAAUGUACUAAGUAUAUGGGAAAUGUUAGAGUCUAUUAUGAUAAUGUGAGAUUAUACGGGAAAAUGUUUUUUUUCAUACCUUA